AUGGCCAAAAAAUGCGAGGGACAUGCAGUGGGAAUAGACCUUGGAACAACAUAUUCUUGUGUUGCAGUGUGGCAGCAACAACAUUCUCGAGCUGAGAUCAUACCCAACGACCAAGGCAACAGGACAACUCCUUCUUACGUUGCUUUCACUCAUAAUCAAAGGUUGAUUGGUGAUGCUGCUAAGAACCAAGCUGCCAUCAACUCCACCAACACUGUCUUUGAUGCUAAGAGGAUGAUUGGUAGGAAAUUUGCUGACCCCAAUAUUCAGAAAGAUAAAGUAUUGUGGCCAUUCAAAGUCAUUUCUGGUGCUAAUGGUGAACCGAUUGUUGUUGUUAAGUACAAGGGUCAGGAGAGACGCCUUUGUCCUGAGGAAAUUUCAGCCAUGGUGCUUACAAAGAUGCGUGAGACUGCAGAAGCAUAUUUAGGUUCAGCUGUGGAGAAUGUAGUUAUUACUGUACCGGCCUACUUCAAUGACUCACAGCGCAAAGCCACCAGAGAUGCCGGUGCCAUUGCUGGCCUGAAUGUUAUGAGGUUAAUCAAUGAACCUGCUGCUGCAGCCAUUGCUUAUGGUCUUGACAAACUAGGUAAUAAUUGGUCUGGAGAGAGGAAUGUUUUGAUUUUCGACCUUGGAGGGGGUACUUUUGAUGUGACCCUCCUUACCAUCAAUGAUAAGUUGUUUGAAGUUAAGGCCGCUGGUGGAAACACUCAUCUUGGUGGAGAAGACUUUGAUGACAGAAUGUUGAACUACUUUAUAGAAGAGUUUGAAAAGAAGAACAAAGUUGACAUAAGAGGUGAUUCAAGAGCUUUGAGGAGGUUGAGAAACGAAUGUGAAAGGGCUAAAAGAACACUCUCAAGCUCUAUUGAUACCUUCAUUGACAUAGAUGGUUUAUUUAAGGGUAUUGACUUCUCUUCAUCAAUCACUCGUGCUAGGUUUGAGGAGCUCAACGAGGACCUCUUUGAAGAGUGUAUUCAGACAGUAAAGGAAUGUCUUACUGUUGCCGAUAUUGAUAAGAGUUGUAUAGAUGAUGUUGUUCUUGUUGGAGGCUCUUCUAGGAUCCCCAAAGUGCAACAACUAUUGCAGGAAUUCUUCCAAGGGAAAAAUAUGUGCAGGGGAGUUAAUCCUGAUGAAGCUGUUGCCUAUGGAGCUGCCGUUCAAGCUGCUUUGUUGAGUGAAGGCUUUAAGAAUGUUCCAAAUGUGGUCCUGCAUGAUGUUACUUCGUUGUCACUUGUUGCAGUGGGGAUAGAUCUUGGCACAACAUAUUCUUGUGUUGCAGUGUGGCUUGAACACCACAACAGAGUUGAGAUCAUUCACAACGAUCAAGGCAAUAAAACAACACCUUCUUAUGUUGCUUUCACUGACAAACAAAGGUUGACCGGUGAUGCUGCUAAGAACCAAGCUGCAAUGAACCCUGCCAAUACUGUCUUUGAUGCUAAGAGGAUGAUUGGCAGAAAAUUUAGUGACCCCAAUAUUCAGAAAGACAAACUUUUGUGGCCAUUCAAAGUCAUUUCCGGUGUUGAUGACCAACCAACCAUUGUUGUACAGCACAAGGGUCAAGAGAAACGCCUUCGUGCCGAGGAAGUCUCGGCUAUGAUUCUUAUGAAGAUGCGCAAGAUUGCAGAGGCAUAUCUAGAGUCUCCUGUGAAGAAUGCAGUUAUUACUGUACCUGCAUACUUCAAUGACUCUCAGCGCAAAGCCACCAGAGAUGCCAGCGCCAUUGCCGGCCUUAAUGUUAUGAGGAUAAUUAACGAGCCUACUGCUGCAGCUAUUGCUUAUGGCCUUGACAAGAGAUCAAAUUGUGUUGGGAAAAGGAACAUAUUUGUCUUCGACUUCGGGGGUGGCACAUUUGAUGUAUCACUGCUUACCAUCAAAGAUAAGGUGUUUGAAGUGAAGGCGACAGCUGGAAAUACUCAUCUGGGUGGAGAAGACUUUGACAACAGAAUGUUAAAUUACUUUAUGGAGGAGUUCAACAAGAAGAACAAUCUGGACAUAAGUGGAAAUUCAAGGGCCUUGAGGAGGUUGAGAAAUGCUUGCGAAAGGGUGAAAAGAGUACUCUCUUACAAUGUCGAUGCCCUCAUCGAAAUAGACGGUUUAUUUCAAGGCAUUGACUUCUGUUCAUCAAUCACUCGAGCUAGGUUUGAGGAACUCAACAUGGACCUCUUUAGAGAGUGCAUAGAAACUGUAAGUAAGUGUCUUACUGAUGCAGACAUGGAUAAGAACUGUGUGGACGAUGUUGUCCUUGUUGGUGGCUCGUCUAGGAUUCCUAAAGUUCAGCAGCUAUUGCAGGAAUUCUUCGAGGGGAAGGAUCUCUGCAGGAGUAUCAACCCUGAUGAAGCUGUUGCAUUUGGAGCAGCAGUUCAAGCUGCUUUGUUGAGUGAAGGCUUUAAGAAUGUUCCAAAUUUGGUGCUGCGUGAUGUUACUCCGCUGUCACUGGGUGUAUUAAUUAAAGGAGAUAUAAUGAGUGUAAUGAUUCCGAAGAACACUACUAUUCCUGUGAAGGAGAAAGGCGAAUAUUAUACUGUAAAUGAUAAUCAGACAGUUAUACGGUUUGAAGUUUUUGAGGGUGAGAGGACAAGAGCCACUGAUAACAACUUGUUGGGUUGGUUUAAUCUCUCAGGCAUACCUGAAGGUCCUAAAGGUCAUCGUGUUAUGUUAACCUUUGAUAUUGAUGCAGAUGGUAUCUUAAACGUAACUGCCGAAGAUGAAACAACUGGCAACAGCAAUGAGAUUACAAUAAGCAAUGAUAUGGGACGAAUGUCGCAGAAGGAAAUUGCGAGAUUGAUUCAAGAAGCUAAAGAUUAUGAGGCUGAAGACAAAAAGUUUUUAGAGAAGGCUAGAGCAAGAAAUAAAUUGGACGAUUAUGUUUACAAAAUGGAAAAAGCUUCAAAAGGUAUGAAAAAGAACAAGGGAGUGAUCAAUGAUGCAAUUAUUAAGGCCAAGAGUUUGCUUUACGGUGAUAAAGAUCAGCAUGAAAAAGAUGUGUUCGAGAAGAAUCUGAGGGAGCUUGAGAACGUUUUUGAGCCCAUGAUUCCAAGAUUGGAAAGCUUUAAGAAUGUUCCAAAUGUGGUGCUGCAUGCUUCACAACUGUGGAUAAGUGCUGCAUGCAUUCGAGUUUACGAAGGUGAGAGGGCAAGAGCCAGUGAUAACAACAUGCUGGGCCGAUUUAUGCUUGGUGUUGGGCUGCUGUGGGGAGUUCUCGACCACCGGAAACACUUCGGGGAGGAAUCAAGUGAGAGAAUUCAAAAUCUUAAAGGACAAACUUCAUACACUUGCAACAUUAACAGAUGGAGGCGAAAAAUUGAGGCUGAAGACACAGAGUUUCUUGAAAAGGCUAGAGCAAUGAAGGAUUUGGAUGACUAUGUUUACAAAAUGAGAAAAACUUUAGAAGAUCUUGAAAAGGACAAUGAAAAGAUCAAUGAUGCAAUUGCUAAGGCAAGGGGAUUACGUAAUGAUCGUGAUAAACAGCAACAUGAAAUAGAUGUGUUCAAGAAGAAUCUGAAGCAGCUCAAGGAAGUUUUUGAACCUAUGAUGAACAAGAAUCCAUGA